AUGGCCACCUCUAUGCGAGGGUUGACGCAGUACAUCUCGGACUUGCGAGCAUGUCGCGUUCGCGAGCUCGAGGAGAAGCGCGUCAACCGUGAAAUGGCCCACAUCCGACAGAAGUUUAAGGAUGGAAACCUCGAUGGAUACCAGAAGAAGAAGUACCUGUCAAAGGUCGUCUUCACCUACAUUCUCGGUUACAAGGUGGACGUCGGACACAUGGAGGCCGUCAACCUCAUUAGCAGCAACAAGUACAGCGAGAAGCAGAUCGGAUACCUUGCCGUGACGCUGCUCAUGCACGAAAACUCGGACAUUGUGCGCCUGGUCAUCAACUCGAUCCGCAAGGACCUCGAGGACAACAACGAGAUCUUCAACUGCCUUGCCCUUCACGCCAUUGCCAACCUCGGUGGCAUGGAAAUGGCUGAGGCGCUCGCCGAUAGCGUGUUGAGCACGUCGACCACCUUUGUCAAGAAGAAGGCCGCUCUCACCCUUCUCCGCCUGUACCGCAAGCACCCGUCCGUCCUGCCAAUUGAGGAGUGGGCUGAGCGCAUUGUUCCCAUGAUCGCAGAACUUGAUCAGGGUGUGGCCAUGACUGUCACCACCUUGAUUACCGCCAUGGCGCAGGAUCACCUCGAGCUGUUUGCAGGCUGCUACCAAAAGGCCGUCGACCGUCUAGACAAGAUCGUAUUCGACUCUGAGACGCCAGCGACCUAUGUCUACUACAAGGUUCCCAACCCUUGGUUGCAGAUCAAGCUCCUGCGACUGCUCCAGUACUAUCCGCCACCAGAUAAUCCCGAGGUCGUCGAGAUGGUCAACGGCGUACUGCAGGCGAUCAUCGACAUGUCGCAGGAGACGCCCAAGAACGUGCAGCACAACAAUGCCCAAAACUCGGUUCUGUUCGAGGCAAUCAACCUCGCAAUCCACCUUGAUCCCGAGUCCAAGGUUGUGUCCAACGCCUCCGUCCUCCUCGGCCGCUUCAUUCUUGCUCGCGAGACCAACGUCCGUUACCUCGGCCUCGACGUCAUGGCACACUUGGCAGCAUGCUCCACCUCGCUUGAGCCCGUCAAGAGGCAUCAGGAUACCAUUAUUCUCAGCCUCAAGGACCGUGACAUUUCUGUCCGCCGUCGCGCCCUCGACCUCCUGUACUCGAUGUGUGACACGACCAACUCCAAGGUCAUUGUCGGCGAGCUCCUGCGGUAUCUCCAGGUAGCAGACUAUAACCUGCGCGAGGAGAUGGUCCUCAAGAUUGCCAUCCUGACAGAGCGCUUUGCUACAGACUACGAGUGGUACAUUGACACUAUUCUGACACUUAUUUCGACUGCUGGCGACCACGUGGGAGCUGAAGUGUGGUACCGUGUUGUCCAGCUCGUUACCAACAACGAGGACCUUCAGUCGUACGCCUCUUCUGCCGUCUACCGCCACCUUCAGAAGCCACAGUGCCACGAGAACAUGGUCAAGGUUGGAGGAUACAUUCUCGGCGAGUUUGGUCACCUCAUCGCCAACGAGUCUGGUUGCAGCCCCAUCGAGCAGUUCCACGCCUUGCACUCCAAGAUCAACAUCUGUACCGCUCCCACUCGUGCCCUGCUGUUGACCACUUACAUCAAGUGGGUCAACCUUUUCCCGGAGAUCAAGGAGCAUCUCAUCAACAUCUUCCGCCGAUACACGCACGUGCUUGACGCCGAGCUCCAGCAACGAGCAUGCGAGUACCUCGCACUCGCCUCCCGUGACGACAACGAGGAGCUACUGCAGGCUGUGUGUGACGAGAUGCCCGUGUUCUCCGAGCGCGAGUCGGCCCUCGUCAGCCGUCUGCACAGCCGUGGUGACAAGGCACAGGACAAGAGGACCUGGGUUAUCGGCCAGUCGUCGGAUAACAAGGACCGCGUGGCUGAGAGGUUCAAGAGCUUCCGCAAGUCGACUGUGGACUCUGCCAACUCGGGCGGCGGCUCGAGUGGUUCGCCAGCGCCGCCACCCAAGCAGCUGUCGAUGCUCUCUGCCCCCUCGCCUGUCCAGGAUGCAGCCCGCUCUGGUAGCCUGAUCGAGGAGGAGCCUAUGAUGGGAACGUCCUCGUCAGCAAUGUCCGACGAUAUUAUGAGUUCGCUUGCCGGCCUCGACCUGUCCACUCCUUCGGCCCCUACUGGUGGCGAGCGUCUGCUUCCCGACUCUACGCUGUCCGCCGAGCCAGAUAGCAUCACCUCGCCCAUCGUCGCCCGUCCUGACGACUUCCAGCAUAACGCCAACCUCGGUGGUGUCAACCCUUCGCUCCUGGCACCGCUCACUGUUGCUCCCAACAUUGAAAAGUGGAUUGAGCGUCUGAGCUACGCCAACGAGGGUGUGCUAUACGAGGACAAGCAGGUCCAAAUCGGUAUCAAUGCCGAGUACCACGGCUCGCGCGGCCGCAUUGCCCUCUUUAUCGGAAACAAGAUCGCAACGCCAUUCUCCUCCAUCUCGAUGAAGAUUGAAAACUCGGAUCCCGAGGCGCUCGACGUCAAGUUCCACGACGAGCCAGUGACGGGAAUUGCCGGCUUGCAACAGGUCCAGGAGAUGAUCCAGGUCGAGUGCAAGUCUCCCUUCACCGAACCUCCCGUGCUGCGUUUCACGUAUCUCGCUGGUGCAUUCACCACCUUGGUGCUUCGACUGCCCAUCUUCCUCUCGCGCUUCAUCGAGGGCGUACAGCUUGACCAGGGAGCCUUCUUUGAGCGCUGGAAGAUUAUUGGUGGCCCGCCCCGCGAGGCCCAGCAGAUCUUCCCCAUCAAGCUCACAGCUACGGGUGACGUCAACCUCGAGCACAAUUCCAAGGUCCUCGCAGGUCACCGUCUGUCGGUUCUCGGCAACGUCGACCCUAACCCGACCAACCACGUCGUGGCUGGUGUGCUGCACAUGACCAACACUGGCAAGGUUGGUAUCCUCGGCCGCGUCGAGCCCAACAAGGACGCCAAGCUGUGCCGCCUCACCAUCCGCAGCACAAACGACGCGGUCUCUGCUGAAAUGCUCAAGCUUCUCGCCAAGCCCAUCAACGCUGACACGGCUUUGAGCCAGUAG